AUGGAAUUAGAUCGAUGUUUAGAACUAUUAUGUAAGGGGCAAUUACUUCCUGAGGAAACGAUACGAGCAUUAUGUUUCAAAUUGAAGGAAAUGUUAGUAAAAGAAUCCAACGUUAUACAUAUUCAAACACCUGUUACUGUAGUAGGUGAUAUGCAUGGACAGUUCCAUGAUAUGUUGGAGAUAUUCCAUAUAGGUGGUCCAGUACCAAGUACCAAUUAUCUUUUUUUAGGUGAUUACGUCGAUCGAGGGUUAUAUAGUGUGGAAACAAUUAUGUUAUUAAUAGUGUUGAAGUUACGAUAUCCAAGUCGAAUCCAUUUAUUGAGAGGUAAUCACGAAUCAAGACAAAUUACUCAAAGUUAUGGAUUCUAUACAGAAUGUUUAAAUAAAUAUGGCGGGAAUUCAAGAGUGUGGAAUUAUUUAACUGAUCUUUUCGAUUACCUCGUUCUUUGUUGUAUCAUUGAUGAUGAAAUAUUCUGUGUUCAUGGUGGAUUAUCACCUAAUGUACAGAGUAUUGACCAAAUCAAAAUUAUAGAUAGAUUUAGAGAAAUACCACAUGAUGGUGCUAUGUCUGACUUGGUAUGGUCUGAUCCAGAAGAAAAUAACAGUAAUAGUAGUAUGAUAAAUAUUGAAAAUGGAGGAGAUGAAUUAUUUAGAGAUAAUUCACAACAUUUCCAAGUUUCGCCAAGAGGAGCUGGUUACACAUUUGGAAGAAGUGUGGUAGAAAAGUUUCUACAAUUGAACGAUAUGAGUAGAAUAUAUAGAGCUCAUCAACUUUGUAAUGAAGGUUACCAAAUAUAUUUUGAUGGAUUAGUCACAACAGUAUGGUCUGCUCCGAAUUAUUGUUAUAGAUGUGGUAACAAGGCAUCCAUUUUAGAAUUGUAUGAUAAGGACAACUUUUAUUUUAAUGUUUUUACAGAAGCACCUGAGAAUAAAUCUCUUAAUAUAAAUAGUUCAAUGCCAGGUUCUGCUAAUAAAGUCAUAUCAGAUUACUUCGAAGAUGAUGAAUCUUCGACUGAUUUACCAAUGAUAGGUCAAGAUGUAUUCUCAGAUGUAUAUCAAGCAAAAUAUGCAGCAGAUAGACGUGUGGAAUACUUCCUGUAA